AAAAGAUGAAAAAAAAUGAAAGAAUCUCUUUGGUUUUUCAAAAACUGGAGAUCUGAAAUUAUGAGUGACAAAUAUUUUUGUGUGGCCUGAAGAAAACUAAGCAGGGUGAUAUGAGGAGUUUAAAUCAUUGCUUCUGUUUCAGCUAAUUUUAUAUCUUCGUAGGUAAACAGAAUUCAGGGUAUACAUCACUUUUAAUCACUGUUAGCCAUACACUGUCAGACAGGUAACCAACCCUGGCCUACAGCCAGGUGAGAAAAGGUGCAAAGUGAUUUUAUUGGACCUGAAUUUUUACCAUUAGCUGCAAUCGAUUACGUUCAGUCGGUAAACGUUGAACAGGUUCUGCUGUGCUGGGCUAAUCCGCGAGUAGACAGAUUUAAUUUUCCAGCGGGAUGAAGAAUAGAGACCUUCAGUAUGGAUUUUAAUAGUUACAAAAGGAUUUAAACGCCUCUCCUAUUUCACAGUGUUCAAUUUCACUGACAUCCUAGUAUUGAGAGGUGUUUUAUAUAAACAGUUUGUCUCAUUGAUGCUACCUUGGCUAUAUGUCCCGAGCUCUGCGUCAUUGGAAAAUCAUAUUCGUAUGGAUCAUUGAACAAAAAUUGGUUUAUUUUAUAAAAUGCUUUGUGAAAAAAAAUCAACACUUUCUGAAUGUGUAUCUGGUCAGGCCAGACUAUAAACAGUUUCUAUUUUACAAACUAAAUAAUGGCUAUGGCUUAUUGAACGGGAAAAAACUGCAGAAUUAUACAGUGAAAUUUUGAGCGUUUAACAGGUUUAAUAGUUCAUGGAGAACUAAAAAAAUUCUGUGUGUCAGGAAUUGUUCUGGGUUUACUUGGAAUAGACACAUAUUUCUGAAUCGGUAAAAGGCAGUUAUAAAUGAAGUCUGGAAUAUUUGGACCUAUCAUACUUACUCAAGACUUUCGUGAGGAAUGUUACUAUAUAGUGUUAUAAUAUAACCAGAGUCUUCAGGAUGAAAGCAAAGUGGGAGGUUAAAAGCAUCGAACAUCAUCCAGCGAUUCGAACAAAAAAGCAGAAUAAUGUUGCUGCUAGACAGAUGGAAAAUCAAAUUUCUUUCAUGGAGAACAAGUGUCUUUCUCAGACCACAAGGCUUGAACAGUCGAUGAGAAAUCUGAGACGACAACUGGAUGAAAUGUCGCAGGAAAAGGAGCGUACUGGAGAGGAACGCGCACGACACCGAAUUACUUCAAGUUAUAUAAUGCGUCAGUACUCUGUAACUCCAGAUUUGAAUAAACUAAGACAAAAUUCUAAAUCGUGUGAAUUUCUUGCGCCACAAGGUAAACAUCAAUGUCUGCACUUCCCUUGUACGGCCCCAACAUCCUAUCAUACCAUUGGUUUCAGGAUCGAUCCCGACAACACGUCUUGGGUGCCAUGGAAACAGUUACGACACAACCUUAGUGAUACAGCAUUAGCUGCGAUGGGGAAGUCGGCCAUAUUGAACACCGGGAUUUCACGUUUAACAGCACAAAAAAGAUCAGAAUUGUUAAAAUUAGAAAUGGAGAGUCGACGAAAGAGAUCGGAAAAGGAGAAGCCACCAUCUUGGCAAGUGAAUUAUGGGAAGCCAACUCCAUACAAAAGGCUAAAAUACCCAGUAAGACUGGAUCCAAUAGAUAUGACUUUGUGAUGGCCCAGGAACUCUUGAUGUUUGCUCAAAAAUUACUAAGACAAAAAUUUGAGAAUCAUUGAAAUUUACCUGGAGGACUUUGUUACCAUGGCAACAAGUAACUUUUGCUUGGUUGAAAUAUUUUUGUUUGCUAUUUUAACUUAUACAGACAGAUUUUUUUGUUUACAGACUUAUUUCAUAGCUGAUCAAAUCAAUAUAACAUAGCUAUUUAAAGUUUAUUUUUAUGUAUUUAUUUUAUUUAAGCUAGCUGUGAUUGAUAACUUUUAUCUGUUUAAGUUGAACAUGUUGAUAAAUGUAAAAGUUGACGAAAUAAAUGUUCCGUUUUA